CGGUGUAUAGUUUUCCACUUCCUCCACUGUCUCUGCCUGAGGUGGUGGUGGUGUUGGCUGUGGUGGUGGUGUUUUAAGCCCAGCUGUUCGAGGAGUUUGAAACUGUUUCAGAUCCAAUGAGGCAACCAUGAGAUCAAAGCCUGAAGAAGAGCAAGACACCAGAAGAAAGAUGCAGAUAUUUGGAUGUCCUCUUUACCAAAUUCAUUAUGAAAGUUGCAGACUCCCAGCUGAAGCCACAGAACUGAUCAGUUCAACAAAAUGGUUAAAUUCUUAUGGAUUGAAACGGCACCAACUGGAUCUGUUUAGUUUGUUGCCAAAAAUUGGCUUCAAAGUCUCAGAAGAAUAUGAAGGCAGUCUUCAGAAACCGGUCUGUUCCAAAUAUGGACUUGGACUCUUCCAACAAAUUUACCGAUCUGAUGGAAAAACAUUUAAUAUCGUUUGCUGCAGAGUGAAACUGCAAUCAAUUGCUGAACGUCUUGAAUACUUCCUGCGAUUAUAUCGGCAGAGACUUUAUUGGUUGAUCUCGGGCAGCCGUAAGAUAUUUGGUGUGAUAGAAGAAACUUCCAUCUGUCUGGUGUUGGUACCCUCAAUAGAGGUGGAGUGCGAGGAGAGAUGGAACAGCUUGAAGAAGUUCCUUGGUUUCUUAUUAACAGAACAAGUGGCUCAGCUGAGACAUUUCAACAUCGUUAUAGUAUCUGAACACAUUGACUGUUUCCAUCCAGAAAUGGUGCGCGUAUGUCACGAUUCCAUACACAAAGCAGUAGAAUGGCUCCAAGACAAACCAAGACCAAUGGUCUCCACAUUAUCAAUUUGUGAAGCUGUUGUUGCAGUUAUGGAAGACCAAAAGAUGGAUGCCAUUUAUUUAAUUGUCGAAGGAACAGCAAAACAUUUCUGCCAGGAGAUCCUCAAAGACAAGAUAUUGAGGGCUCCUAGGAGAAUCCCUGUUCACACUGUCUCCUUAAACUGUCCCUCGCAUCAGACUUUUGACAUUCUGAAAGAACUUUCCAGUUGUACAAAUGCCAGGUUUCAUGCUUAUAAUACAGAUCCCAGUUUUGGAAAACGACUGGCGAAUUCCCAUGGGUGCAGGGAUGACAGAGUGCGGGAAUCAACAGUUUUAAAACUGCCAGCUGCUGUGUCACCGAGGCAAGAUGUGGUAUUAAUUUUUGAUGAGAUUGAAGAAGGAAGAAAUACUCUGGAUGAAAUAAGAGCUCUUAUAGAUUCCUCAGCGCCAAUAAAAUUCGAUCCUGAACAGAUUGACGACCAAUUAAAAACACCCACAAGGACACAACUUAAUGAGAUGACCCUCACUUCAGAGGAAUGGCUUCAACAAAAUGGAAUCCAUGCCAAUGGAUUGUCCCUCCAUCGUGUCUUGCAAGAAGUUUCCUUUUACCACAAAGAUGGACAACUUCAUUUAUGGCUGCCACCCAUUGACAAACACAGACAAACUACUGCGAUAUCCAGUGUAAAAGUGAUUGACGCCAAAUACUGCAGCACAUUUCCUCUUGUGAAAAUGGCAUCAGGUGAAGCCAUGCACGUAUACAUCACACCAAAGUUCCACCGCCAAUACGAGGAAAAGAUGUCACCAGUGUUGAAGAAUAUUCAUCAAAGGCUACAUUGGUUGAAAACAAACAACAGAGCCAUUUUUGGCAGCCUGUGCGAAGACCAAAUCUACAUUCUCAUUGAUAUGUCCUCAUCGAUGCUGCCAAAAAUUGAAUUUGUCUUGGAGAAAACAGAAUCUUUCAUAAAGGAACAGUUGCAGGAUAAAACCUUCAAUUUGGUGAUCUUCAACAAAACAGCCACAGCUUGGAAGAAGAACCUCGCAGAAGCAGCUCAGUAUUGCCAUAGAGAUGCAGUCAGUUGGCUCCAGAAGCAGGUUUGCUGUGGAAGCACCAAUACAUAUACAGCUCUGAAGCUUGCCCUCACUGACCCGCACACCCGAGCUAUCUACUUGUUGACUGAUGGACGUCCAGAUCAGCCAGCCAAACUUCUUCUGUCUCAAGUGGAUAUGUAUCCCACAAUUCCAGUGCACACAGUCUCAUUCAACUGUAAUGAUGUGGAAGCUAAUGAGUUUCUCUGUCAACUUGCUCAAUUAACAGAUGGUCGUUACCGUCAUUAUAAUUGUAACACUGGCCCUCAUCUAUGUCGACCACAUUGUUGGAAGAGUGAUGAUCAGCGUUUAUUAGAAGAAGAACUAAAAGAAGCUUCUGAGAAUUUGGAUUUCAUGUCAAAACUUAGAAACCACUGCACCACAGCAGUUUGGAAGAAAGAAAUCAGUCGCAUAAAGGAUAGUAAAAUAAAUAAUUCCUUAUUGUCGUGUGAGGGUUCCGCUUCUUCAGAUCUUUCCUCCAAAGGUACUUAUCAAUCAGUGGAUAAACUGGAAUUUCCUGUACCAACUCAUUCGAUUCCAAGGAAAUGUUAUUCUUUCCAGAAGAACCCAGAAUCCUUUUACUACAAGGAAAAAUCUCACAAAUUUCCCCCACAACAGAAAAACAUUCUUUUUGCUGGUUCAACGAAGACCAGUUACCUCAGACUUAAGAACAUAAAGAAAGGGAGCAGACCAAUAAGCAGAGAGACUCAAGAAAAAAAAGCUGAAAUCAAAGCAAACAGCUCCCCCGUCUGCCCCAGACCACCAUUGAUAUUGAGAGAGAGAAAGCCAAGAUCCAUUAUAAAAGAAUGGUUGAGACAUAACAGCCUCAGAAGAAAGAAAUUGUCUCUGCUUGAUGUCCUCUCUUCCACAUGUAUCCCACAUGGUGCCAAAUACAUCCCUGUACUCAACAAACAUGCCCUGACAAGGGUGUUUAAAGAGGUCUUCCCUUUCGCAUAUUUACUGGAAGAGAAAGGAAUGGAAAUGAAUUUGGUAAACCCUGGCGCUGUGGACCUUGCAGAUUAUGAAGAGGAACUUGCAAAAGCCAUACAUUUAUACACAAAUUAUCUUGAUGCUGCAAUAUGGAAUGCCCUGCCAGAAAGCUCAAAGACACGGUUUCAAAGUGAUUCUCCAGUCUCGUAUCUAAGCAACAAGCCUCGUUUACUUCAUGCCUUACAUGAAGCAGGUUGGCCCUUGGCUAAAGAUGACGUUAUCCUUCUUGAAAGAGAAAUUGAACAAGGUUUUAAAUAUCUUAAUCUUGCUAAAAAUCUUCGAAAUCAUCAACUGGCAGAUAAUUCUUCUGAAGCAAAAUAACACAACAGCAACAUUGAAUAAAAGUUUGGAAAUAUUUUAAAUUUUAAAAUGUUAUUUAAUGAAAAUGAAAUUUUAAUUUAAA